CAGUAUGGUGAAAGUUCAUAGGGUGGAGGUCAUCGAGAAAUCAGAGGGGAGGUAUCUUUUGCCUGUGACUUUGGAGGUGUGCGUUUGGGGUAUCACGUGGUUACAGGACCCGGCGUUCAUACUGGGUGACAACUUCGGUAGGAAUCGGGAAGCGCGUACAUGGAAUUAGAAGUGUUAUUAAUGCUUUACAUUGUCGCCACGUAGGCCGUUUAUUGAUCGAGGGAAUAUAAGUACGGUAACGUCCCGUCAUCCUGAAGUUGUCUUUGUUCUAUUUGUCUAACUUGCAAUUUUGUUGUGUUGUAGUUUAUCGACCAGUCCAACUAACUUGGUUGCAACACUACAGUCGGUCAGUAGCCUAUAUUAAGCCGAGUAUUAUGGGCUGUAUGUCUUAUUCCUGAUAAUCAGAAGAAUAUACGACCUUCAUGUAUAAAGUCUUGUUUAUUGCGCCUGCAAAUUGUAUAGCAUAUCUCGGUCUUGAUCGUGCUGACGGGAUUUGGAAGAAAGUGCUAAUUUAAUAAAUCACACGGCUGUUAAUGGAGAAACACCAAAACAAACAAGUAAAAUGUUGUCAUGCUGUUAAUUCUCAAAUCAUUCGGUAAUUUUCUUUACUUUCUUUCAUUCGGUGAUUUUCUUUACUUUCUUUAGUAUUUUAAUCAGAGGUUUUCUAAUAGCCUAUUAAUUUUGCACUUGAUUUAUCUUCCUGGACACUGUUCUUGAUAGUCUAUUUUAGUUUUUACUCGGCUGCUUCUAAUGAACCCAUUCAUCGACAUAACAACAUGAACGAAAAGUCUGAUUUGGUUGGUAGUACGGACAGUGAUAAUAAAAAUGUUGAUUCGGAAAAAACGAAAAUAACCAAAUAUGAUGACCCUGACGCGUUCCAGAGGCACUUUAAUAAUGGCACGAGAGCUAUACCAGCCACCCAUCUGUACAAGCGGCGAUGGUUUAUUGUGUGUUUGUUCAGCUCGUACUCCCUGUGUAACUCUUUCCAAUGGAUACAGUAUGGAAUUAUCAACAAUAUUUUUACGAAGUUCUACAGUGUCGACUCUUUCACCAUUGACUGGAUGUCAAUGAUCUAUAUGUUGACAUACAUCCCUUUCAUAUUUCCCGUCACCUGGCUUUUGGACAAAAAGGGAUUGCGGGUAAUCGCACUUGUAGCGACCGCUUUGAAUUGCAUCGGGACGUGGAUAAAGGUGGCAAGCGUAAGACCUGACUUGUUUGGCGUAGCGAUGUUGGGACAGUUUACCAGUGCUCUGGCCCAGGUGUUCAUACUUGGAAUGCCAUCCCGUAUCGCCUCGGUGUGGUUUGGUUCCGAAGAGGUCUCUACAGCCUGCUCGAUUGGAGUCUUUGGAAACCAGCUGGGCAUAGCCAUCGGGUUCCUUGUCCCACCCAUGAUGGUGCCCAAUGUGGAUGACAUGGACAUGCUGGCACAUCACAUCAGGAUCAUGUUCUACAUGACUGCUGGAGUGGCGACCCUGCUGUUCAUCCUGGUGACCCUAGUGUUCCAGGACAUACCGGAAAUUCCACCAACGCAGGCCCAGGUGACAGCCCGGAGCAUCCCCCCAGAACAGUACUCCUACAUGGCUUCCAUCCUCAGACUCCUCCGCAACAAGCCCUUCCUCCUCCUCAUCCUCACCUAUGGUCUGAAUGUUGGCUGUUUCUAUGCUGUGGGCACGCUGCUGAACAGGAUGAUCAUCGAGAUCUACGAAGAUGAAGAGGUGAAUGCAGGGAGAAUUGGCCUCACUAUCGUCAUUGCAGGCAUGCUGGGCUCACUCAUCUGUGGUUUCUGGCUAGACAGAACAAAAACAUACAAACAGACUACAUUCGUCAUUUACUUCAUGUCUUUCCUUGGGAUGGUGGUAUACGCCUUCACCCUCGACCUGGGUCACCUGUGGGUGGUCUUCAUCACUGCUGGUACGCUGGGGUUCUUCAUGACAGGGUACCUCCCCCUGGGGUUCGAGUUUGCGGUGGAGCUGACGUAUCCGGAGUCAGAAGGCACAUCUUCAGGCCUGCUUAACUGCUCAGCACAAGUAUUCGGGAUCGGAUUCACCAUCGCUCAGGGGAAAGUGAUGGAUGCCUUCGGUACACUUGCUGGAAACAUCUUCCUUUGUGCCUUUCUUUUAGUUGGGACCAUACUUACAGGAUUCAUCAAGUCAGAUCUGAGGAGACAAAAGGCGAACAAGUCUGCUGAGGAGUGUGUAAGCAUUUAUGUGUGUGGUGUCUGCAAUGUGAUGCUACAUGCACAGGAUGGCCUUGGAUGGCUUCUAUGCCUGCUUUGAAUGUGGGUAUCGUUUGACGGCGCUUCUAAAAACUCCAUUGACUCCAUGCUUGCUCAGAACAUCGUCUCCAUCCUCCUCGGCUUGGCUGUCCUUAACCGCUACCCCGCCGUUUUUGAAUUUGAGCACCUUUCCGUGCUCGGCUGUACCGCAUCUCCCACGUCAUGAAAUGCCUUUAAAUGUGCACUGAUGCACUGAUGCAUCUUUGCACGGUUUCCUCCAGGUAUGACUGAUUUUGACUAGUGUUGCCAUCAGAUUUGGAACAAUGUGUGAAGGAUGAACUUUCACCUCACAAAAACUCUGCCAGUGUAAAGCUGGUCGCAUCGAAUCACUUUAUGGUUGCAAUUAAGUGAUGACUUUGUGGUGCUGCUGCCAAUUGAUGAUGUACAGUAAAACAUGACCAUUUCUGCUCGCUUUACUAGUCAAAAUAGGCACUUGUCCUUUGGACGUCAAAAACAAAUCACCAAUGGAUCAUUUUCCGGAUUUCACCAGCAUUUCUUACACAUUUUUAACAGCUGGAUACAAAUCAUUUUCAGUUUAUGCCUGCAGUCCGUUUCUCUUCAUCAACUUCCUCUACGAUCACUUCCUGCUCUUGCAUCAGUUCCUGCUCUUGCACUGGUCUCUGGACGGAUCACAGUCCCUCCAACCAGUCAAUUACCCAUCAAUCCAUGCUCAUUCAUCGCUGCUGGCGCCUGUCUCAGGUACCAGACUUUGUCAUAGCAGCAGAAAAACAGCUGCCUCUCCACAUUUUUGAUAUUUCAGGGCUGUUUUUCUUGUUUGAGCAUCAAGCUGCUGUCACCAUAGGAGCAAAGUUUAAAAUCUUGCUAGUUUAGAAUGUUCUAGAAUGAGGGCGUUCUGCCCAUUGCACACCGUGCUGCUGAGUUCAGCUCAGCCUCCACAGGAGCUGGUGUUAAGCACGUUAAUGUGGACGACGCUUGCAGUCGUCGACCAAUGAAGUCGGUGACUUGGGCGGAAUUACCAGAGGCACAGGCGUGUCAACCCCCCGCGCCUCCACCCGCCAUCACCGCCACCACUCGUGACUUCCCCCGGUGUUGUUCCAGGCGGUGCAUGCCCAGUCGUCGAUGCAGGACCAAUGGGCAGUGACCCCCAUGGCUGGGGCACAGCCCUGAUCGCUAGCCUCAAACCGUCAAACCCAAUCACAGACACGCCCAGGUACGAAACCCCACGCGGUCAGUGCACACCUGCUUCUGGUUCCUCACUCGUCCUCGCAUUUAACGUCUCAAGAGCUGCGUGCUGGCUUGCUAGCUUGGAGGCUUACCAGCAUUUUCACCUGAUAGCGCCUUUAAAAUGGUUUUUUGCAACUUUAUCCAAUACCAACCACAGGAUGCAACACAGAACACCUUAGGUAAAUAAGUUGCCCGAAUUGUGAAGUAACUACAUUAUUGGUCUGCUUAAGGCAUAAAGCAAUUUAGUACAAAAUAUAGAUGUUUUAGUAAACUUCCGCCAUAUUGCCAAGGAUGUGUACUGUACAUUUUUAUUUAUUUUUAUUUUUUUUACCUUCCAUACCCCAAUUUGGGAACCCCUUCAAGUUGGCCCCUUUGGCUAUAAACCUUGUUGUUAGCCUGGUAGGCUAACACUGGCUAAUACAUUGGUGCCCAAUGAUCCAAAAAUCUAAUCCAAGAUUAUAUUUAUCAUGAUAUGUAAUGAAAAAAGUUUACCUGCCAAUUAACAUUUCUCAUGAGGAACACUAUGACCAGUAUCAGUUUGGGGUGAACAUAUGUGUUUUGUAAUGUUGUUUUACAUAACACAAUGUGAUCAGAAUUUAGCAGAAGUAGUAAUUGUAGAAAUCUGAUAACUAAAGUGUAUUCCUAAGUGUAUUCCUAAUGCAUCACACACACGCACACACAACCAAUGCAAUAAAGCACCCACAAUAAAAGCACCCAUGUACAGGGCUGUUGUAUUAUUGCUGUUGGUACUUCUCCUUCUCUGGAGUGUGAGUUCAGAUACUGAACUGCUUGUGCAUUGAAUAGUCUUGUGCAUGUGUGGGGAAAUGCUACAGUUAAAGCAUGAUGCGUGCCACAGUGUUGCGCCUUUUUAAUGACUACUGUCGCUGUUGUCAUUGAAGGUGCUGUUUUGGUGUGUUGAGAACAUGUUAUUGUGGUGUGGCCAUUGCUUGUUCAUGAUUUUUGUUGUUGAUUGACAGGAGCUGGAGGAUGGCCUGGAGAGGGACACGUCUUCGCCUGUUAUCCUGAUGGAGACCAAGCUGUAGGCAUGGACAGCCUCCUGGAUUGAAAUGCAGACACGGUCCCAUCCCCAAAACUCUGUCCUGUGCUGCUCUUCAUACACUAACACACACGCGCACGCACACACUAAUAAGAACAAGAACAAGGGAAAGAUCAUCCUUCCAAGUCCCUCAUUUUCAGUUAUUGAAUAACUGAAGAUGACGAAACACUGUUCAGAAAGGACUGGUUACCGAGUUUUAUAUAACUAUAGCUCCCGAAGGGCUUAAUCUCUAGUUUAAAAGUAAAUAAAAUUGACAUUUAAAAAAAAAAUUCUGAUAAUGAACUUAAAAACAUACUAUGCAGGAUUUAUUUCCUGGCUUAGCUCCUGUGUUUACAAUCAAAAACAUUGCCUCCCCCAUUCAGCACCUGCCUACACCCCCAAGAUGACUCCCACUUCACUGCCAAAUGUAACAAAGUUGUUGGGUAGCUAGCUGAAGCUUUGUGGUGAUGGAACGGACCUUUGCUAGCCCAGCUCCAACGAGUUUCAGUUCUAGCCUGCUGGCAAAAUACUGAAACAAGCAUGCAUAUUUACAAGCUCAUCAAUUCAUUGUCGCUUUUAUUUAUUCAUUUAGCACCUUUUCUUAGUCUAGCUUCUAAUCUAUUGCACCAAAGUUGUAUGCCUCUCCCGCCGCAUAGCUAGAUGGGUGGCCACCUAGAUGGCCACCUAGAAGACCUCCAGGCAGGGCCUACCAGCCGACCCUUCUGGCAAUAGAGGCAAACGACCGCACAUUCAAAACUAUUAUUGAACUACUAAUUUAUUGGAAAAUGCAACUUCUCUCUGACCAUGGAUACUGUAGUAGUCCAGCUGCAGUCAUAUUAGUAGAAAAUACCUGACUCAUACGGUAUAGUAUCAUUUUCCGCCUGGUGGACUGACCCCUAUUAGCUAGCUAACAAUAGCAUAUAUGAGCCGGGAAGUGGAUUGGAAUCUUGUUCUCCAGCCUUAAGUUGUUGCAGUACUUUGUAAAAUAUCGAACCCACAGCAAAUUCAAGGGCCAUCAUGGUCAGCCGCAGUUAACGUUGCUGAACGUUACUGAAUUUAGUUGCCUAAGCGCAGCAGCUACCAAACAUUACCAAACACUGACCGACCACAUGGCUAGUGUUCGGUUCUUCACCUAGGUGACCCUGUCUCUCCAGCACUAACCCAGCUGAUAAAGCAGCUCUGUACGAGCCAGUCCAUGCCUGUUUCUCCUUUUCUUCUCCUUAUAUUGGCUACAUGCUUUUCAGAUAUAGCCCACAGAGAAAAAAGGGUCAUGCACGGUGACUGGGCAGAAUUGCACACACAAAUUGCCAGUGCAAUUACUGAGCACGGUUGUUUUUUUGUUUUUUUUUUAGUAUUUUCAAGGAGAAAAUCCUGCAUAGUAUGCCUUUAAAUGUUUGUUACUGCUCAUUGCAUUAAACAUGCACAAAAUCCCUCUCGUCGGUUAAUGAGACAGCAUAGGCCUGGUAAUGUAGAUGGCAUAGAGACAUACAGUGUCCCCUUCGCUCCACCAAUAUGGUGACCAAUUAAAUCUAUAUGUUGUUGUGAUUGUCUAUAUUUCUCAGGAUAUGGCUGCUAAAAGCUGAAAGCGGAUUCAGUUGAAAGCCUCUCUCAGGGAUACAGUUAUUAUCUACCAGUCUUCCACAGUGUACUGGAGGUUAAGUCAAGGCUAUCAGACAAUUCUGAUCGCUAAACUGAUGCCGUCAAAUCCAAUUGCAGACUCCCCAGGCACAGAAUCCCAUGCAGCUAGUGCACACUUUCCUUUGAUUCCUGUGUAACGAGAGGACUCCACAACUUGGUGCUUGUCGGCUAGUCUGCUGUACCUUGUGGCCACAUAAAUUGGCCAACCUGUGGCUGAGAACUGCCCUGAGAACAAUAAAACUGUGAAGAUACCUUUAUGGAACACCCACAGCACGCUGCAAUUCAAUUACUAUUUAGUGUAAUAUAAAUGUUUAAUUAUAGUGAUCCUGUGUAAAUUAAGUCUAUGUUUAUUUUAUCUGAAGGUCUAAAAUAAGUAAUGAAGUAAAUAUGGGAAUAUGAGCAAAAUGUUCUUAAAAGGGAAAAUGGUCCUCUCUCUGCCUGAGGUACCUCUGAGACUUCUUCUUGGGGCCAGUUUUGAAACACCCAUGUUGGUUGACCAAAGGGUGUUUUUAACAUGGCGACCAGACAGAAUAUCAGGAACAACAACACCUCUUGGGUGUUAAGGCAGCUGUUGCUGUUCAUCUCAGUCGGUUGAUUUUCUAUCACUCUGCUCCAAACUUUCAUGCCUUUAAUACCUCUUAACGCCACACAAUUAAGAGCAAAGCACAAAACCGAUCUGCACUUUUAUGCCAUACUACACUGGGCUGAAUUUGAAUUGACAGCUUUAAAAUGGUCCUAUGGUAACCAACUGAUAAAUGAAAGAUCACUGAACCAGGCAACCUAGAGAGAACAUUGGCUGUUCAGUGACAACUUUUGCCAUUUGACACAUUUUAAAAUCUUACUCUGUAAAUAGGUCUGUGGUGGUGAUGGGCCUUUAAGCAAUCAAGUUAGAAUAAACCAUGUGUAAGGUACCUGCAAGAUCUGUUUGAUGAUGGAAAAAGAAAUGAGAUUCUAGAAAUUAGUUUUGGCUUUACCCCCUAUUUUAAUUGGAGCUUUUUUAUCUAAGAUUUUUCUAACAAUCCUAUCUAACAAAGCCCCGCUUUCCUAAUGCUGCAAAUUAUUUUGCCAGUGAAGAAAUAUUUGUCCAGUUCUGUUCACAUCUGUAUCGAUUGCUCAUUGAUUUUUGCAAUGAAGUAAUUUUACGAGGAACUAUUCAGCAAUGUGUUUUGCACUCAGUAAAACAUAUUGGUAUCUUUUUACAUGACAAUGAAGUUUUAAGAAGUUAUAUAACUGCCUUUGUUUUAAUUCUAAUGCAGAACAACAUAUCAGUAUGCAUUUUUGUGGAAUUGUCCAUGUUGUACUAUAAAUAUUUUCAUACCUGUUAUUUUAACAAUAUUCUUUGAAAUAAAUUGUUUUUAAAUUUCAAAACA